UGUUUUUUUUCAUAUGUACAGAGAAGAAAGAAUUCAGCUCAGCUUUUGUCUCGAGCUGCGGGAACACACGCAAUGGUCAUCAUGACAGGCUCACACAGCAUGCAGUACAUCGGACUUCUACUGCUGGCUGCGAUUCUCCUGCAAACUAUAGCCGUGGCUGUGACGUUCAUUUAUUUCAGCAACGUCCUGUCGACGAUGAAAGAAACUUUUUCAAAGAGCAGUGUUUCGUGUCUCAUGCGUGCCAACCUCAGGGCUAUAAAGGGUGAGGAUUUAAAGGAAGAGGAAAAAGACGACCCCUGCUGGCAGGUCACGCAACAGCUCCACUUUCUCAUUGAAAAGUCCAUGUCCAGUCGUUAUCAGAAAGAAAUUUCAUCAGCGGUCAAAGAUGAAGUCUCCAGGGUUCUUCCCUCGCUGGUGAUCCAAGACCAGGACGAUUCCCCUCGACCCAAGAUUGCAGCACACGUGACAGGCAGUUAUAUACCCGAUACCGAUAAGUCAGGAGGUCCACCGAACAGGAAGGUCUACGGCCAGAAGAUCCAAUCGUGGGAGUCUGAAAAGGGUUUGGCGUUUCUCCAGAACGUAGAGUUAAGCGACGGGGAACUGGUGGUGCCGCAGGCGGGCCUGUAUUACAUCUACUCGCAAACUUACUUCAAACACACGCUUAUAGAAGAUGAGGAGAGUGACAAGGAGGAAGAGGACGGCACGUCGGGCGAGUCCGUCCGGGGAAAACCGAUGUUGCAGUACGUUUAUAAAAAAGUGAGCUCGUACCCGGUGCCCAUAUUGCUUAUGAAGAACGCCCGGACGACGUGCUGGUCACGUGACACGGAAUACGGGCUGUACUCCAUCUACCAAGCGGGCCUCUUUCAGCUCGGAGGGGGGGAUAGAGUGUUCGUGACGGUCAGCAACGUGAGCACCAUCGAUAUGGACGAGAAGUCAAGCUUUUUCGGUGCGUUCUUGGUGAGCUAGACGCAACAGUAAGACGAUGUGAGAAACGCACUCGAGAUGAAUGACAAGACUCGGCUUGCUCGGCAUUUUUACCUGAACGAUCUUUGAAAGGCAGCCAGACACAUCAAAACAUUUGGACGUGUUUGCCGAGAUGCGCCGUCUCUUGCCAAAACAGUUAACUGUGAUUGAUGAGAUCUGGGAAGGGGGCAAACAUGUGACGCUUUUAUUGCUCGCCCAGCGUGUUUGAUCAUAAAUCAGUUGUUUAGCGUUGGAAUGCACCGCGAAUGGAGCGUAAACUCAUCAAGUCUGCCUGGAGGGGCGGAGGAAAGUGCGGGCUUGCCGGGUUGUUUGGACCUGGGGCGUCUGUCCGGGCAGGAAAAGGAAGGUGUGACUCAAAGCAAGUGUGCCUCGGGACGAGCUGCGGGGCUUUCAACCUUCUCUUCUGUGACUUCAUGUAGCAGUAUGUGUGAAAACAAAUAUAAACUGCUUGUUUUUAAACACACGAGACUUCUGUUUCUCGCUGUUUUGGCUUUAAGGCACCUUCACGUUUCUUUCCGAAUCAUGCAUUGAUUGUACUUGUGCAGUAUUGUGUGUCAAUAUCUGCACUAUUAUCGUGUUUUUGUAUUUUUAUGAACUCGUGAAUUUAGGACUUGUACAUUAAUGUGAAAAUCACUGUGAUGUUGUACAGUAUAUGGUUGUUUUGUACAGAUUGUUUGUAUGCACAUUUACACCAGCGUAAACAUUUUCACCAUAUAUGUUGUCUGACGUGCGCAUGAUUAGACACUUUUAAAGGGAUAGAUUCACCUAAAACAAAACUUCUAUCAUUUAUUCACUCUUAAGUCAUUUCACACCUGACUUUCCUCUGCAGAACACAACAAAAUAUAUAUUUUCACAAUGUUGGUGAAUAUCAAUUCAAGACUCCAUUGAGUUCCGUUGUAUGGACACAAAACCACUGAGACAUUUCUCAAAAUAUCUUCUUUUGUGUUCCACAGAAGAAAAUGCCACAUAUUCAGUAAAAGCAAGUAUUUUUUGGGUGAACUGUCCCUUUAAGUACACCUUUGUAUAAUUGCUUUUGGAGUUUAACAACGUCUUAUUCAACUGCCGCUGUUGGACGUGUUUUUCAUCAUUGUAAAAUAUGUGCCUACACGCAAACAUUAACUGCUGAUUUAUUUGAAGAUUGUGUCACAUAGACAGCAUGGAAUCCAUUUUUGAGACUCAUAUCCAAGAAUAUGAAUAUAUUUAAAAUGUUUUUGUUAUCCACAGGAAUCAUCUACUUUCUGUGCCUGUUUUUCAUUUAUCAAACCCAUUUUAUGUACAAUCUAAAAUAUGUUUCCUUUGAUUGCAUCAUAAAACUUUUCUCUAUAACUCCA